AUGUCCGAAACACCACCGCUCUCCUCCUCCUCGUCCUUCUCGUCGAUCCGUUCCUUGUCGCCCGAUCUUUCGUCCUCGCGCAUCUACCGACGCCGCCGACGCAACAAUGCCGCGUCUGCUGUGUCGCGGCAGACCGCCCUGACGGUCGCGUUUGUGUCUGCCAUCGUCUCGGCCUUGUGUGCAGGCUCUGUCACCGUCUUCUCGCUGUACGGCCACAUCUUCCAGGAGCGGCUGCACUACUCGCAGUUCCAGGUGAACGGCGUGGCCAUUGCUGCCAGCAUUUCGUGCUACCUGCCCGUGCCCCUGAUGGGCUACGUCUGCGACCGCGUCGGCCCCGCCCCGCUCUCGCUGCUGUCGAGCGUGCUCUUUGGCGGCGGCUACGGGCUGGCUGCCAUCCUGUACAAAAAGGCAGCCACCGAAGCCACGGUGGGCGCCGGCGGAGCGCCGGCGCCGCCGGCGACGCGCGCCUACGCUCUGAUGGUGGCUGCGUUUGUGUGCGUUGGCGCCGCGACCUGUGCCAUGUACCUGAGCGCCGUGGCGACGUGCGCCAAGAACUUUGGCCGCGGCCGGCACCGUGGUCUGGCCCUGGCGGCGCCCAUUGCGGCGUUUGGCCUCAGCGGCAUGUGGCAGAGCCAGCUCGGCAGCCGCCUGCUGUACGAGCGCCUGCCGCCGCUGCCCGACGAUGGACCGGGGGCGCCGCCCCGCCGCGGCGACGUGAACGUGUCGGCCUUUUUCCUGUUCCUGGCCAUCCUGCUGUCGGUGGUCGGCCUGCUGGGCACGUUCACGUUGCGCGUCGUGGACGAGGCGAAGCUGAUUGACGAGGCUGUCGACGAGCUCGAGCGCAGCGGCCUGCUGGACGGCAGCGCGCUCUUCCCGUCGUCGAUACCGGGCCAUGUGUCGUCGUCCUCGGCCGGCAUAGACGACGCGACCGUCGGCCGGCCGACGCGGUUUGGUCCGGGCGUCAGCCGUGGCAACAGCAGCAUCGGGAUUGCCACGAACGGGCGCGGGACCGCCAACGGCUCGUACGGCACCAUGGGGCGGACCAACCCCUUUUGUACGGCGCAGAGCGAAGACGAGGACGACGAGACGACGGUCGACGAGACGAGCCGCAUGCUGCGUGGACCCCGCCGCCGCAGCGAGAGAGUGCGUGGCACGGGCGACGAUGGCGAAGACGACGCGCUGGCAAGUCGCCGGCUGCUGGACCCCGGGAAGGACAACAGGGAUGAUGGCGACGGCGACGGCGACGAUGAAGACAGCGACGAGGCUGGGCGCAUCGAGGCGCAACAGGCGCGGUUCAAGAAGGCCUGGGUCUUGAAUGCCGAGACCCACCGCUUCCUCUCCGAUCACACCAUGUGGCUGUUUGCCCUGGGCUUCUUCUUCAUGAUUGGACCCGGCGAGGCCUUUAUCAACAACCUCGGCACCGUCAUCAAGACGCUCUACCCGCCGAGCACCAAUUUUGCGGCCGGCGGCGGCGCCACGACCGCCGCCACGCACGUUUCCAUUGUCGGCAUCACCAGCACCGUGGCCCGCCUGCUCACAGGCUCCUUGACGGACCUCCUGGCCCCGCGGCCGCAGACGCAGCAUCUGCAGGCCGGCACGGCCUCGUCGGUGCCGUCCGUCGACGUGGAGGAUGCGGGCGCGUUUCGCCGCGUCGUGUCGCGCUUUUCCGUGUCCCGCGUUGCCUUUUUGCUGACGUUUGCGCUGCUUCUGUCGGCGGGCCUCGUUGUGCAGGCCUCGGGCGCCGCCCAGAACCACGGCGACCGUUUCUGGAUCGUGUCCGGGCUGGUCGGUGCGGGCUACGGCGCCGUGUUCAGCCUGACGCCCAUCAUCAUCACAGUCAUCUGGGGCGUGGAGAACUUUGGCACCAACUGGGGCAUCGUGGCCAUGUUUCCUGCACUGGGCGCCACCUUUUGGGGCCUCGUCUACUCGGCUGUCUACCAGGCCGGCGUCACGGCCACCAUCGCGCCGAACGACCCCCUCUCGGCCGCUGCGGAAGACAACCUCUGCUACGGGACCCAGUGCUAUGCGCCGACGUUCUGGGCCAUGGCCGGCAGCGUGUGGCUGGCGUGCCUGCUCGUGCUCUUGGCCUGGAAGGGGCGCAACGGCUGGUCGCAGCGUGGGAUCGUCAUUUGA